AUGGCCCUCACUGACACUUAUGGAACCUAUCAGAAAGAAAUGGAAAAAGCUUGUAACGAUGGACGAAAGGCAGCUGAACGAUUCCAGAAGAACCUGCCUAAGAUGAUGAACGAAGUUCAACCGUGGAUGAAAGAAAUGAUGAGGGCUAUCGCAGAUAUGAGUAAAGUGUCCGCACCUCAACGACUUGUCAUCGAAGUAUUCGCUUGGUCAGGAGUUCUGGUGCUGUCUUGUUCAUUAGGAUCUGUUCUCGGAGCUUACAUAUUGAACUCGGUUUUUGCAUCGAUGAUCUCGAAAUUCACCGCCUCUGUACUCGCGUAUUUUGUCAUUCCCGUUGCAAUUCAUGCUAGUAUUAAGCACGUGAGUUUCACACCUUGUCAACACUCUAUUCCCAUCAAGGCAAUAGCGUUUCUUCAAGGGAGUUCGCUCUGGGAAACUAUUCCCCGAUUAGGAGCAGUAUACAGAAUAGGAAGUGCCCUUGAGCGCUUGACAGAUUGCAAUAGGAUAUAG